GGGUAUUUGAGGUCAGGGUAAAAGAACAGAGGCGAAAAACCUUGAGCGGAGUUGAAGCUAUGGGAAGCAGAUUGGGAAGAAGAGUGGUGCAGUUCGCGAACCUCCCCAUAAAGCUUCUGAUGCCGAACAGCUUCACCAACAUCCACGAAAUCGCUCUCAAGACCAUUCCUUCGGCCACGAAGAUCGAGAUCAAGCGCGUCCUUCAAUCCCUCUACGGCUUCGAUGUCGAUAAGGUCCGAACGCUCAACAUGGAGGGCAAGAAGAAGAAGCGUGGUGGCUUGUUGAUUGCAAAACCCGACUACAAAAAAGCCUACGUCACCCUCAAAACCCCUCUCUCCAUUUCCCCGGAUCUCUACCCGAUCCGAAUCAUCGAUGAGGACAAGAAGAGGAUCAAUAAGCAAGCCAAGUCCAGCCUCGUUCAGGACCACGAGGCCCACACCGAGGCCCACCACCACUGGCUCCAUGACCGCAAGGAGGCCCAACCACCCUUCAGGCCUCAAAAGCAUGGCCGUUUGGGCCGGCCCGAGGGCGCUUCCAAUGCUAAGUUUCCCUGGUCUAGCAUGAGGUCUGCUAGUGGCUCUACUAGGUAGUGGCUGUUAUUAACUCAUUUGAGGAUAAUAGAAAAUGGUUUGAAGGGUUUCUUUCACUGGCUUUUGUUCAUUAGUAGUGGUGGUGGUGGUAGUGCUUUUGUUCUUUUAAAAUGAAAUAAUUGUUUUGACUCUGAGAUGAUGAUGCUGUGUUUGAGCAGGACACAGUUAUGCUAGAAUUUGCAACCUGAUUUGGUGAAGGAAGCAUUUGAAUUUGCGUAUGUGAAAUUGAGUUAUGGUUUGACUCUU